AUGCAAAUACCAAAUUACGAUAGAGAUUCAGUCUGCUCUUUUUUUAAGAAGCUAACAGGAGAUAUUUUAUUUUACUUAGAUGAAAUGAAAUCGGACUUUGCUAAAAAUCCUCCUUAAACCAAUAUCAAAGACAGAGUGCUUUUAUGGAAAGAUAAAUAUUAAUAAUCACUCAAUCAGUGCAUCAUGACUUAUAUUAUGAAAACAGAGUAAGUUGAUGUGUCUUAAUUCUAAUUUAAAGAAUUUUUAGAUAAGGUGACUGAUGAAUAUCAAAAUGAUUAAGAAUUUAUGGAUUUAUUAAAGUAAUGUAAUCAAAGCAUUGAAAAUCUGAAAGACUUCAUAAGAACCAAUCUAGCCAAAGAUCCUUCAAUAUAUGUAAUAAAGGAUAUUUGA